CGGUUACGCACGGAAAAUCGCUUACUAAGGCAGCGAAUUGAUUAUCUGGAGCAGGAAAGUUCAGCAUUAGCAGAUCGCUUGAUCAAAGGGCAGGUAAAUCUGGCACAAGAAGCGGAGAAUUGUAUGAGCAUAUCACAUGAACUACUCAAAUUGCGUGACAUCAACUCGGAUGCGCAUCGACGGCUGGAGGAGGCAUACGAUACAAUCAGAGAUUUGAGUUGCAAGAAGAACGAGGAACUGGUGGAAUUUGGGACGCAAGCGGAUGAUACAUCAAUGAUCGAGCAUAUUCAUGCGUUGCAACAAGAGCUGAUUGAAACGCAUGCUCGAGAGGCAGAUAACGAAAACACAAUCAAGGAUCUUAAGCUCAGAGUCCAGCGGUAA